AGGAGUCCGAUAUUAUGCAUGGGAACAUUCGUACUAUAGAUUUUGAUGAAGGUGUUUUCGGAGCUGCUCAUUUCGAAAUAAUUGGAAAGGAGGACUUCCAACAACUUUUUGAACACACCGAAUUGGGCAUCGCUGUCAUUCAUACAUACAUAUGGUACUCCGAUCAAUCUAUAAUUUACUUAGUUGAACAAUUUAUUUACACAUUUCAAUGAGUAGUCUAAUGUUUAUUAUGUUUCUAUUUAAGGUAUAUGUAUGUAACAUUGAUGCGGGGAACUGAAUUGUGUAACCGUUUCAAUUUUAUUGCUGCUUCCCGUAUCAAUGCAACGUUAAUAAUGAAUAAUCCAACAUCCGUAAAGAAUGAUCUAGUCGAUAGAUUCAUGGCGGCCGGCGAUAAUACUACACCCAGUUUGUAUUUUUUACCGUUUAAUUCUGGCAACGGUGGUCACUGGGUGUUGGUUGCUAUGGAUCUUUCGAGACUAAUAGUGUAUUAUCUCGAUUCUUUAUCGGGUGAUUGGACGAAAUAUCCGAAUAUGAAGAAGACGGUUGACGCGGCAAUAAUAAAAUUUAGAUUGAAAAAGAAAUACCGCAAUAGGAAGGACAUUACCUGGAUCAGAGUUCAGUGUCCUCAGCAAAAUAAUUCGGUCGAUUGCGGAUUUUUUGUAAUGAGAUUUAUGAGAGACAUCAUUGCGUUGAAUCGUUACAGGUUACCAAUAUGA